UUGACACCCACCUAUUUGCACCCACUGGGUCAGUUACUGACAGUUUUCCGCUGCAGAUGUAACUUCAGUCUUUGACCUCAUUUCUUCUGGAAGAGUGUGAACAACCAAGAGUGGAGGAUGCUCAAGUUGUACAUGCUGUUUGUUCUUCUUCACAGAGCAGCUUGUACUCUGCUCUACGCUCACCCUGGACAGAAUGUGACCUUAAGGUGCUCCUUUGACCCCAGCGCCUCAUAUUUGAGCUGGUACAAGCAGGUCGCAGGAGAGGAACCUCAAAUAAUAUCCUCCUUCUUCAAAAGUUCCAAGAACAACUUCCACAACCAGUUCCGAAACGACAAGCGCCUUUCGGUUCAAACUGGGGCCGAGUUCUACAAUCUGCUCAUCUCUCACGUGCAGGACCCAGAUUCAGCGAUGUAUUACUGCGGACGCACCGUCAUAGCAACCACUGAAUUCUAUAAAGGAAUAUUUUUGGUACUAAAAGAGUCUGGUCACAAGUCUUACAUUCUGCAGCCGGCGUCCGACUCAGUGCAGCCAGGAGGCUCUGUGAACCUGAGCUGUGCGGUGCGCACCGGGACCUGUGAUGGAGAGCACAAUGUGUACUGGUUCAAGAAGGACUCAAAAAACUCCCCGCUGGGAAUCAUGUACAUCAACCCACACAGCAGCAGUCGGUGUGGUCGGGACCCCGGGGAUGAGCCUCCUGAACACAGAUGUGUGUACAGCUUAUCCAAAAGGAACGUCGGCACAUCCGAGGCCGGGACGUACUACUGUGCCGUGGCUCACUGUGGAGAUAUUUUGUUCGGGGAUGGAACCAGACUGGACGUUGAAAGGAAAGACGAUGACCUCUCCACCGCCUUGAUGUAUUGCGUGGCUGCAGCUCUACUUGUGUCUAUAAUCUUGAACAUAAUCCUCCUCUGUAUCCUGUGCAAAAUGUUCAGGAGGAAACUUCUUUACUCUGGAGGGCUGCAGCACCAGUCCACUGUCCAAGACUUCACCGCUGACAAUCAGAAUCCAGACUUGGAUACUUUGCAGUACGUUGCUCUGGACCUCAAAAAGGGGCACAACAAGAGCCGGAGACUGAGGAGCCCAGAGGAGGAGACGGUCUACUCUGCAGUGAGAAAGUCUACCAGGGAGCAGCAGUCCACCUACAGAUAUCACACAGAGUCAGGUGCUGCCAUCAACUCAAAGAAAAGAAACUGGAGCUCUGCAGCGAUGGUGCCACACAUUUUUCUGCUGCUUCUUGGUGGAAUGUGUAAGGUGGCAGCAGAUAUGAAGAUCCCAGGUAUUAAUCAGGACAGUGGGGUUAAAACAGCUAGAAUCGGGGGGGAAGUGACUUUACACUGCUCAUUUAAGAACGAUGCUGUCAACUUCAUUUCUUGGUACCAGCAAAGUUUGGGAGGCAAACCUGUCAUCAUUGCAACACGGAUGAAGCUCAACACACAAGCCACCAUCUCCCCUGCGUAUAAAGAACGGUUUCAAGUGGAUGUAGGAGUUGAAGACGGAAUCAACCAUCUCAUGAUCAAAGACAUUCGACUGUCGGAUUCAGCGACGUACUACUGUGGGAUUUUAGAAUUCAACGCCAUUGAAUUUGGAAAAGGGGUGUUUCUCCAUGUCAAAUCAUCAUCGUCCAACACCCAAGCUGUCGUCCAUCAGCCAGCUUUGGAGCCACUCCAGGUGGGAGAUUCUGUGAAUUUGAGCUGUACGGUUUACGCUGAACAAUGUGCUGAGCAGCAGAGCUUCUACUGGUUCAGACAUGGCGCUGCUCAGCCUUCAAUCAUGUAUCACAGUGCGGGUCAGUGCAAGUUUGAUUCUGAAUCUCAAGUGAGAAACUGCACUUUAAACCUACCUAUAAAGGCUGCGAGCUCCUCUGAUGCAGGGAUGUACUAUUGUGCUCUGGCUUCAUGUGGGGAGGUUGUGUUUGGGAAUGGAACGCAAGUGGAGGUUCGAGGAGGUUCUGCCAAAGUCCCUUCUCUCCUGGUGUCUUGCCUGAGCGUAGUAUUGGCAGGUUCCAUUAUCGUGCUCCUCACUUUGGCUGUCAUCAUUUACAAGUUGAACAAAAAGUCAUGUUCUCUCUGCAAAGGGACAGAUCGUCAUCUGACAGUUUCUGCAGCCUCUGACACCACGGGACAAGAUGUGGAUAUUCUCCACUAUGCAGCUCUGAGUCUGAACAGAACCAGUGAGCGACAUCGCCAAGAAGAGAGCACAGAGGCCCACUGUGUAUACUCCAGAGUUAAGAGCAGAAAAGUGUAAAGGACUCAUCACUUCUUUCCUCAAGGUCACUUAAAUCCACUCAAUGUACAAUGGCAAAUAAAUUGCAAUAAAAUACUUUUUCCUUUGUCAAUGUA